AGUAAUUACCGAUAACUUCUCGUCUCCAAUGAUUGGAUAAUUACACCCAAGAAUGUUUCUCGCAUUCAGAAAUAAGAUGAAUAAAUCUAUGAAAAGUUUUGGAAUUUCUGUAACGCUGGAAUUAACGUUUAUCAUAUUUUUAUUUAUUUUAUCAUACACUGAAUCGACAAUUUCUGAAAAUCGCUGUGAUACGACAACAACUCAAAUAUUUAAAACAAGUUGUGUCAAUUGUUGGCAGAAUAGAAAGGUCGGUUGCCCAGGAAGUUCAAAAAAGUUAUCAAGAGGGACAGGGGCAAGAGGAUGUAAAUAUGAAGUACAAGUCGGAGAAAAAACAAUGCCAGCAAGGGGAUGCACUCAUACAUGCCAACAAACAGUGACAGUGGGCAAAUGCUGUGCUGGUUAUUGGGGUCAAGAUUGCCAAGGUUGCCCCAAAGAUAACAACGGAGUAAUUUGUAGUGGGAAAGGUGUCUGCUCUGAUGGAAUCAGUGGAAAUGGGACUUGUUCAUGUCAAGGAAACUUAAUUGGGUCAGUCUGUGAGAAAUGCAGCCAACCGCAGUUCUAUGGAUCAACCUGUCAAAGCACAUGUUCAUGUGUUCAUGGUACCUGUGACAAUGGAGUUGCAGGAUCAGGUGCAUGCUUUUGUGCUGAUGGAUAUGGCGGAAAACUAUGUGAUAAAGAGCACAGUGAAGAAGACAUUUUCAGAGUUUCGUCGAACCCACCAUGACACCUGGCAUCAGGACAAACUGAAAUUUACUUCUGACCAACUUUCUAUUUUAACCGAUUUACUCGUUUCACCUUGUUAUUAUGCAUGAUUUCAUUCUUUUAGCUUUUUCUCUUCAUUUAUAUUCAAACAAGCCCUACAUGGAUUGGUAACCGGACGAGAGGUCGUGAUCCGUCAUGUGAUCAAAGCCGUCUUAUCGACUUUUCUCUUCUCCAGGAUAAAUAUACAAACUCUAUCCCAAACUUUAUAACCAUCCAAGUAAUUUACCGGUCGUUUUAAAUUGGUGAUUACGAGUUAUUGUAUCCAAAAUGGUUCAUUUGAAUAAUCAUAUAUUAUUGAUAAUUUAAAUAUUGUGCUAUAAUUGGGAUUUCACUUUGUGAAUGUGGAUAUGCACCAAUCAGUAAUAUCACAUCACUUAUUCUUAGUCUAAACACUAAAUUUGAUGGAACAUUUUGAAUUUAAGUUGUAACUAUACAGGGUGUCCUUGAAGUCUAUUUACAAUUUUGUUAUGAAGUCAGUUCUUUAUAUAUCUUAACCAGGUUUGUUGUUUUUUAAUCAGUAAUUGUUCAAGUAUUUUUACUUCAUUUAAUACAUCUGUGAGGGACAAAACAAUAUAUGGUAUCGUUAAUUCCCUUUGGAAUUUAAAAAAAAUUCCAAGUCUUUAUGAGCACCCUAUAUAUGUUCCCCUAUAACAAUGCUAAUGAAUAUUGAAUAAUAUUAUAUUACAACACAUGAGAUUGGACUGGGCAUUUUCGAAUAGUUGACGAUUCCAGAAUCGACUCGAAUGUUUUUUUUCGAAUAAUCGUAUCUCCAAUACUUCGAAGGUUUGUAAUUGUAUGUGAUUUUUUAUUGUUAUGGGUCUCCCAACCACAUAAAUUACCGAAAACAUAGAAUCCAUCACUCAGUCAGUUCUCUUAGCUGUCAGUGAUGUGACUUGACAAUUCCUACUUUCAAAGAUGAAUAUCAUCAACUAUUAGGAAAAUGAUCAGAACAAAACGUCCACUAUGCUUACUGAGUAAGCUGUUAUAUUUUAUAACUCGUUAUUCCAGCGUUCAGUGACUGAAAGCACUAAUGAUAAUAAUAGUUAGUACAAGUUAUUCUCAAUCAUACAAUUGUUUUUCAAAAGUAAUCAGAUAAAAUGUAUAGCAAGGUCUUAUUUAUUACUUCUGUACUCCUGUAGUAUGUUUGCCAGGUUAGGGUUAGGCCCUAAUUUUAUUCCGACUCUCCUUAUUUUAGUUCUAUUACAAGUUCGGGACUGUUUGUGUUAGCCAAGUGAAUAUAGGAGGUACAGGCCCAUAGGUUUCAGCCCCUUUUACACAACUUGAUGUAAAGCAUGCAAACUAAUUUAGAUAACCUCAUAUUGGUGAACACUUCUAGAGCGCCAUUGUUUCUACUCAUAUCUUGUCAUAUGUGUAUUUAUGUUGGCUCUUUCAGAGACUGUGUUACUUUUAAUUCUACUUGGUGAUAAAAAUAUUUUCGUCUGAUCAUGAAACAGUUUCUCUUUUUAGGUAAUCGGAUAAAAUGCAUAGAAAUAUCUUGGUAUAGUACUUUCAGUUAUAUUUUGGUCAUAAGCUUAUUUAUCUUUGCUCGUUUUCUCUCCGAAUAAGAAGUACGAUAGAAGCAAACUUAAUUGACAGUAUUUGUAAAAUAUAUCUUGCUGGUUUUAGGUAUUGGUCGGUUUUUAUAGAACGGAGGGAAAUGAAUCCGAAUGAAUUUUAUUGCUUUCAAUAAAGUACGAAAUCUCGA